GAUGUAAAUGAUUAAAUGAAAUUAUGCAUAUUUUAUUCAAUUUUUAAUACAAAAUUUUAUUUUUUUUCCAGAUGUCCUUAUUUGACAAUUCAUUAUCAUAUUGCUGUACCUAUAUGUCAAGGAAUCAUAACCUUUUUUGUUAUAGCUAAUUUCACACUAGCCACAUUUACAGAUCCAGGAAUCAUCCCUAAAGCAACUCUAGAUGAAGAUAAGGAUGAUGAUUUUCGUACGCCACUUUAUAAAAAUGUAGAAAUUAAUGGAAUAUCUGUACGAAUGAAAUGGUGCGUCACUUGUCAGUUUUACCGCCCACCUCGAUGUUCUCAUUGCAGUAUUUGUAACAAUUGUAUUGAAACAUUUGAUCAUCACUGUCCAUGGGUUAACAAUUGCAUUGGCCGUCGCAACUAUCGAUAUUUCUUUCUCUUCCUUGUAUUCUUGAGCAUUCACAUGAUUUCUAUUUUCAGUUUAUGUAUAAUUUAUAUUUUGAAUCAUCAAGAAAAGCUCCAUCACAGAGACACUAUUAUAACUAUAGUAAUAGUUGUAAUCAUCACACUGCUAUUUAUCCCAAUUUUGGGUCUAACAGGUUUUCAUAUUGUUCUUGUAUCAAGAGGCAGAACUACUAAUGAGCAAGUUACUGGAAAAUUUCGAGGAGGAUAUAAUCCAUUUUCACGUGGUUGUUGUGGAAAUGUUUGCCAUGCAUUAUGCGGUCCACAGUAUCCAAGGUAUAAAGGAAGAAAAAAGUCCUUGAAAAAUUUAUCAGUACCAGCUCCUUCUGUUUCAGCACGGAUGACAGAGAAUCAAGUUAAAAUUUACAUGGAUAACAGCAAUGUUUCCAGAAAUACAAGUGGAAAUUCAUAUAAUAAAAUGCUAGGGAUAACUGAUUCUGUUGAUGUGGACAUUACAAUGGAUUCAUUUGAAAUUACUCAAAGUCAGUCGUGUGAUUGUGAGCCUUCUCCUCCCAUUCCACGUCAUGGAUCAAAAACAAAUUUUUUUACUCCAGGAAUGCAAGAGACUGCGCUCUCUAGUCCCGCACGGGCAAAUCACGUUUUUCAGCAAGGUAAGCCGUGGUCUCCUUAUGGUAGCGCUGGCCCUCCGACGCCGAGAGCUCCCCGUGCCAUAUUAAGUGUGGAGGAUCGAGCGGUACAGUCGGCAUUACCUAGGACUCCCGAAAAUAGCCAGCCCAUUUGGCCAAAUAUUAAUAGUCCUCGUCUGCCUCGUACUCCUCCGAGAAGUUUGACCAGUCCAACUGUUAGCAGCAGUGCUAUCAUGGGUGUUUCUUAUAAUCAGUACUCGCCGGGAAGAAGAUCGAGUCCGGGAUCGCCAACGGCAGUUACUCCCGGGCAGUCUCCAGCGACAAGCAAACGCCACAAUAAUUCUGGUCUAGGAGGACUGUCGAGCAUUGGAAGAACAUAUGGUGGUCCAAUGCCAUAUUACACUCACAUAGGAAUGAGAGGUAGAACUAAUUCUCGAAGCAUGAGUCCUAAUCGUAAGUUUGCUUCAGAAAGUGAACUUGUCAGAGCAGCUGCAGACAAAGCAAAUGGGAAUUAUGAUUCUAGAGUGAUUGCAAAUCAGACUGCAGAUAAUAUUCAAGAAUUAGCAAACCGGACCGGAAUAUCCUGUCAUUGGGCAGAUCAUUCUUCUGGCAGUAGUCAUCACAGGGUUCGUCGCAAUUCACGUAGUGAACAGCACGGUUCUGGUUCUCACACGCCACCAUCUCAUUCUCUAGGAUAUCAUGCCAUCCACGGUCUGCCACCGGCAGGCAUUCACGGAGGACCUUACGGCCGCCGUCACAGUGGCAGUGCCUCUCCACAGUCCAAACGUAACAUGGUGGGACAUGCGACUCCACCAUUGGAUAUGUCACCCGCGGGUUCUCGUCCUCAUGCAAAAAGGCCAAUGUCUUUUGUAAAAGCCUUAGAAAUGUCAGACUCUAUGGAGAAGGCUGCGGCGGGAGCAGGAACUCCCAAAAUCGAACAUCGUCAGUCAAAAUCAUCAAACCCUCCUUCGUCAACCAUACAAGAAUUACAAGACGGCAAUGCCGACAGAAGGAGUUUAUACGAAAUGAAUUACGAAAUCUCAGUUUAGUGAAAUUUAUUAUAGUUCAUUGGAUCCACUAGAUGAAUUUUUACCUCAAGUGCCAGCAGUUUUAUGAAUAGAAUUAUUAUAUGAAAAUAUCUCCAGAUGUUUUACUUGAGGAGAAACAUUGCCACAGCAAGAAAAGAAAAAAAUUAUCACUCAACAGUAGGACUGGAGUGAAAAAUAAAUUACUAGGAUUUUAAAUGGAAUUUACACUUAGCAUUCAAAAUCAUAAAGAGACUAAAACUUUGUAACUUAAAUCAUAGAUAUGAUUAUCUUUGUUUGAUUUUGCAAACAAGUAUCAUAAUAAAACUCACCAAAUAUUUUGCAAUAUUUAACAAGUUAAUUUAUGAUAUCUAACUUCUUCCAUUUUCUUACCUCAAUUUUUUUAUGCUAGUUUCACAAAGUUAAUGUUUUCCAUUGAUUUUUUUUCCUCUACCAAUACAAAUGCAAAAAUUUCUUACUUAAAAUGCAGCAUUGAGGUAAGUUUUUAUAUUAUUUUAUUUCCUAGUAUUGAAUGAUUAUAUAUAAUGCUUUAUUAUCAGUUUUAUAAUUAUGAUUUUAACAAUUAGGAGAGAUGUUAAAAGAAAUGUGUGUGUUUGUAUACAGUCAACUUGACCAUUCUCAUCACUAUAAAUAUGUUCUGUUUCAAAUUUUUACCUUGUUAAAAUUCUAUUUAUUAAUUGUAUUAUCAUCAUUGUUGUUAUUAUUUUGAUCCUGUGCUUAGUUGAAUUAAGCCGAAAGUCAUUAAAUUGACGCAGUUACAAAUUUCAGGUUAUGUAAAUAUAUUGAAACAUUGUUGAUCAUCCGAUCAUAAAUUUGUUACAUGUAGUAGUUAAGUCUCAGCAGAGUAUUUGAUGGGAUCAUAAUGAUUUUGAAUGUCUGAUGUGUGUUACUGUAAAAGUGGCAAGAAUAAACUAAAUUUUCAUAAUUUUCAUGAAAAGUUUUUUUAUAGACAUUACAAAAUUUGUAUAUUCUGUAUGCAAUUAUGACAGAAUGUUGCACAACAGUAUAAUCCAAAGGUUUUUGCAUAAUUAUUGACUUAAAACAUUUGUUUCUAUUCAGAGGCUAAAUUUCAUGAGAAAUUUCAUUUAUCUGUUUGACAAAACAUAAAAAAUUGGGAAGUUAUAAGGUAAAUGUAGAAUUAAUACAACUUUUAAUGGGAGUGUUAAUAGUUAUAUUAAAUCUAUGAUUACUAUAUUAAAAGUUUCUUGCCUUAUUAUUUAAUUAUGAGGAAUUUUUUCCAACCUCCACUAACGCAUGAAAAAAAAAAAUUGGAAGUAUGUGGGGCAGGGUCAGGGUGCACACCUAGUGAGUAGUAUAUUCCCACCACUUAGCAUUGUGCCAAGCUAUUUUAAACAUUUGCUACCUGCAGUAAACAAGCAAACACGAUGCCGCCAAUCCAGUCUCCCGCUAACUGUGAAGUACAAGCAGUAAUUUGAUUUCUACAGUUUGAAGGGCCGAAUGGAGGUGAAAUUCAUCAAAGCAUGUGUAAUGUGUAUGGUGAGAACCAUGAGCUACAGAUGUAUGCAGGAAAUUCAAACAAGGACGUGACAACAUUUACGACGAGGGUGGUCAAGGGAGGAAGUGUGUGAUGACCAAUAAUUUGGUGGACAAAGUGGAUCAGUUGGUGCGAGACAGGCAUCAUUUCACAAUUUCUGAGCUCAGUGAGGAGUUUCCUCAAAUUUCAACAUCCACACUGUAUAUCGCUGACUGACAGUAUUAAAAGUUAGCCGAAUAGCUUGGUGGCAAUGUUCUUCAACAUGGGUAUACAAAAGCUGGUGUCACGGUAUGAUGUCUGCCCGAAUCGACAAGCCAAUUAUGUGGAAAAUAGGUGACGACUGUAACUACCUUCUACAAAUAAAGUGGUUUUGUUCUUCAUUCGGGUUUUCUUAUUCUGGGUCAGUGGAGGUUGAAAAAACCCUCGUACAAAAAGUACUUAGUUACUUAAGACUAAUGAACAGGCUUAACUAAAUUAGUUCAGUAAAAAAAACCUUAUGAAUAGACCUUGUGUCAUAAGAAUAGAAAAUUACCACAGUAUAAAGAAGACACAAUGACUAUUCACAAGGUUUUUACUGGACUUGUUUAGUAUUCUUAGGUUACUGUCCUAGUGAUAAUUUAGAAUUCCUAUUAAGAUGUGUGUAAUAAUUUGUAACAGUUGUACUUAUAUUGUAUUGUUGGCAAUUGUCACCAUAGACUGUUUUUUGUAUGUCAUCUAAUUGAUAAGGGCCCGUAAGGCCAAAAUGCAUUUUGGAUAAAUUAAUAAGUUGGCUGGGUGUGUAAUAAGCUUGUUCAUUAGUCAUAAGUAACUAAGUAGUUAGUGUAACUAUGAUUAAUACAUUAUACACACAUACAGUAAUAGUAGUGCAUUUGAAAAA